AUGAAGAUUGCAAUCCUCUCUCUUUCUGUCGCUCUCUCUGCUGUCUCUUUCGUAAAUGCUGCUGUGGGAGCCUACGGUCAAUGUGGCGGCUUGAACUACACGGGUGAAACUACGUGUGUUUCAGGAUACACUUGUGUCUAUUCCAACGACUGGUAUUCCCAGUGUGUGCCCGGCGCAGCGUCCACCGCUUCGACCAAAAGCUCUUCGUCGACAAAGGCUUCGUCCUCCACCAAGACAUCUUCGACAAAGACAUCGUCUAGCAGCGUCAAGCCUUCAUCGACUUCUUCCUCGUCGGGCUCUGGAACGACGGGAACGAGCAGCGGCAUGGUUGGUUAUGCAGCGCUCGGAGGAACGACUGGUGGUGAGGGAGGAACGACGACUCGUGUGUCGACCUUGGCCGCUCUCCAGGCAGCCGUUGCUGGUGAUGCCAAGAAGAUUGUCAUUUUGACAACAUCCCUCACUGGAGCCGCCAUUGUCAAGCCAGGAUCUAACACAUCCAUCUUGGGAGCUACUCCUGGCAUCACUCUCACCGGUAUUGGCAUUCGCAUCAUCAAGGUUUCCAACGUAAUCGUCCGCAACCUCGUUAUAAAAAAGGUCCUUGCCGAUACGGGUGAUGCUAUCGGAAUUCAAGAGGCUUCGAAAGUUUGGAUCAACCACGUCGACCUCUCGUCCGACCGCGAUCACGAUAAGGAUUACUAUGAUGGCCUCUGCGAUAUCACCCAUGGCAGUACCUAUGUCACCGUAUCCUGGAGCAAAUUGCAUGAUCAUUGGAAGUCGAUGCUCAUCGGCCACUCUGACAGCAACGGCUCUGAGGACAAGGCGAUUACCGUCACCGUUCACAACAACUAUUGGUCGAAUCUCAACUCUCGUGGCCCAUCCUUCCGCUUUGGUACUGGACACAUCUUCAACAACUAUUAUCUGAACAUGAACGACGGUAUCAACACUCGUGUUGAAGCGCAGCUUCUUGUGCAGAACAACGUCUGGGAGGGAACAUGCAGUUCGGCUCUCUACAGCACUGAUGGAGGAUUCGCAUAUGCAUCGGGCAAUGACUUUGGCACAUGCUCGUCGGGAAACACUGCUCUCAGCGGGAGUCUCUCGUCGGUGCCAUACCAGUAUACACUCACCGCGACAUCGAGCGUCAAGUCGACCGUUGUCGCUGGUGCAGGUGCCAACCUCUCCUUUUAA